AUGUUGGCGUACCCUCUAAGGCCCGAGCUGAUCGAGAGCACCCUCCUGGUGCACCGGGCCUCUGGCGAUCCUUCCUGGCUGUGGGCGGGCAGCGACUUCCUCCGAUCACUGCAGGCGUUCUGCCGGACCGAGUGCGGCUACGCCGGGGUUCGAGACGUCGAGGACUGCUCCCUUGACGAGCAGAUGCCGAGUUUUUUCCUCUCGGAGACCCUCAAGUACCUCUACCUCCUCUUCGAUGAGGAACCGGCAGAGCAGAAGCAGCAGAAGCAGCAGGCGGACCAAGAACAGCGGCGGGAAGCACAAGAGCCGCCGCCUCAGCCGCAGCAAGCAACGGAGGAGGAGGAGGAGGAGGAGGAGGGGAAGAAGGCGACGAUGUCUCGGCGGCCCAAGCGGCGCUGGUGGCAGUGGGGAAGGACCCGGCCCUCCGUGGGCAGCAACAACCCCGCCCCAGACGGCCACGACAUCUCCCCACCUCCUUCUCCUCGGAGCAGUGACGGCGGCGGCGGCGGCGGCCGCGGUGGUAGUGUCGGCGCUAGCGCUGCUGUUGGCGACGGAGGUUGUUGGGCCGCACGGCGCGCGUCUGCGGCAGCGGAGGGGAACCACCGCCUGGGACCCGAGGGCUGGCGGGACGGUAACAUCCUGUUUUGGGCCCAGGGGGGUGACCCGACCGUGGUGGAGGUGGCCGACGACGAGUUUUCGCGCCUCGUGAUCUCGAACGAGCUGGGCUACAUGGGGGACCUCUGGGAGAUGUACAUGACCCGGACGUGUGCCGUGCCUUCCGCGUGGGACGCGCCGCACCCGUACAACCCUGCCUCGUUCGUGGACACGCUUGUCGUCGGAGGAAGAGCGGCGUGGGUGGUGAUUGCUUCUGGGGGCGGCGGCGGGGCGCAGCAGAGUGAGCAAUUCGGCCAGACUACGACGCAGACGGUGUUCUUGGAGGAGGUCGGCUUGAUCGAGGUACUGUCGGCCGGCCACAACAACUACGUACUGCACCAUCCCGCAAGUGAGGAAGCGGGCGCGGGGCAAGCCACGACCGACGACGUACAGAAGGAGAAGGCGCAAGAGCAAGGGGAUGUCUCCGACGUCGCGAACCAGCAACGCUCAGUGGACGAUGAUGACGGGCUCGAAGGUUCCCGAGGGCGAGCUGAGACCAAAGCUCCGGCGACGGGGAGAGAGAUGGACGACGACGGCGUGACGGGGACCAGGAGAGCGUCGGAGGAAGAGGAGAAGGAGUUGGAAGUUCGAGUCCCUGGAAGCGAGGGGGCGAGGACUGCAGGAGACGCGGCGGCGCCGGCGCCGGCGCCGGCGGUCAUUUCGGGGACAGCGAUCGACAAGGAGGAAGAGUACGAGAAGGAGGCGGUGGAGGAAGAGGAAGAGGGGAUAGAGCGGCGGCGGGGCGGGGAACUAGGGGGAGAGGAGGCGGGGGGGGCAGACGAAGGGCUUGACCGCAACCCACGUGGACACGGUGACCAACAUACCGCCGGCGGCAGCGGUAGGCAAGAUCGUCGGGUGAGGCGAAGGCCGGCCCAGAGGAGGACUUUCAUUGUCACGAAAGAGGCGAACAUUGCCGAGGCGGCAGGCGCGGUCGGUCUUGUGGUGAUCAACAACGAGCCCGGAGGGGUGACCCUAACCAUGCCGGGGGCCAGCAACGCCGGGGUUUACGACGACGACGGAGACGACGAAGAACAGGGGGAUGGUGGUGUCCAGGGUAGCGGCGUGAACAUCCCGGUCGCGAUGGUGGGACUGGAAGACGGCGUGGAGAUCAUGAAGAUUCUCUCGGCCGCGGCGACCGCGGGGGUCGACGAAGAGGUCAGCAUCCAGGUCAGCUCGGGUCGGAGAUCUUCGGAGAUUUGGUCGGAACAGGGGGUUCUCGAUGCGAGGACCAUGCACGACAGCGUGUUCUCCAGGCUAAUGGAAGAGCAGAAGCAGGGGCUGCGGGAUAGCCGGGGCUCCUUACUACCCGCCGCCGCUGCCGCCGCCGGGUGCAGCCGCAACAGCGGUGGCGAUGAUAGCGGCAGACGAGAUGCCUGUAGGGGCAGCGGCAGCCCAACACCCCCUCGCGAAUCGUGGCGAAGUGCUGGUGGUGUUGGUGAUGCUAGUGGUGAUAGCGACGAUGGUACAGUUGCUGAUGAUAGCUUUCCCUCAGGAGACAACGGCAAGGGUGCGGGGAGAAUUCCUGCUGCUGACGCCUCGCUGCAAGAUGUUGGUAGCAGUGGUGUCGGUAGUGGAGGCGCUGGUGCCGUCGGAGGAGACGCUGAAGACGAAGCCAGGCCCGUCGUCGACGGGCCGUCCGCCGCUGCGGCGGACGCGGGCACCGGUGCGAUGCCGGACAGGGGAUGGGGGGGGGAGGGCCGUGCCCCCGUCGACGAGGAAGUCGAAGAGGCCACCUUGGGAGGCAUGCGACUUCCGCCUUUUUCCCUGCCAAGAGCUGUCGUCGGCGACGGCUACGUGCAGGUGAUGGGCGUAGGGCACUGGGGCGUGAUUAUUUUCCCGCACGAGGGCAUUUGGGCGCUGUCGUUGACGCCCAACGUAUUUAACCCUCCGCCGACACCGCCCGAAAGCGGCGGCGGAGAAGACGGGGGAAAGACAACGGCCGCGGUGGCCGUCCGCAGAACAAAGGAGGAGGAGGGUCUCCUUGGAGACAGGGACGAACGAGAAGAUGGCCAAGCUGCGGGUGCUGCUGUUUCUGCUGCCGAGGACGUGGAGGAUCGCGAUGGUGAUGCCUCAGAUGGUAGCAACGACGAUUGUGAUGAUGAUGACGAUGACGAUGAUGAUUUCGAUGCCUUAGAUGAUGACGAUGACGACGACGAUUUUGAUGCAUUAGAUUAUGCCUGA